CAGAUCCCACUUCCUUUACUACAAAUGGGAACCCAAAGAAAGGGAAUGGCCACCCUUCUAAUCACCCUUGCGGUGGUUAUCGUUUCUUUAAGCUUGCCGUCACUCACCACCGCCACCUACCCCUACUCAUCUCCACCGCCUCCUCCACCAAAGAAAUCCCCACCACCACCUGCUCAUCAUUAUAUUUACAAGUCACCACCACCACCUCCUCCGGUUUACAAGUCGCCACCACCACCAAAGUAUUAUUAUAAGUCACCACCACCUCCAACCCCGGUUCACAAGUCACCGCCACCACCGAAGAAACCUUAUGUAUACAAGUCACCACCACCUCCCCCUCCCAAAGAACAUUAUGUAUACAAGUCACCACCACCUCCCCCUCCCAAAAAACAUUAUGUAUACAAGUCACCACCUCCUCCCCCUCCCAAAAAACAUUAUGUAUACAAGUCACCACCACCUCCCCCUCCCAAAAAACAUUAUGUAUACAAAUCCCCGCCUCCACCACCACCAACUCACAAGUCACCACCUCCACCACCGCCUAAGAAGCCUUAUGUAUACAAGUCUCCUCCCCCACCAACCCCAGUCCAUAAGUCACCUCCUCCUCCUAAGAAGCCUUAUGUCUACAAGUCUCCACCACCACCACCACCGGUUCACAAGUCACCCCCACCACCCGCACCUAAGAAACCUUAUGUAUACAAAUCACCACCCCCACCAACCCCGGUUCACAAAUCACCACCACCACCGACACCUCAUUACAAGUACAAGUCCCCACCACCACCCGUUCACAAAUCGCCACCACCACCUACACAUGUCUACAAGUACAAGUCGCCACCACCACCGGUUCACAAAUCUCCACCACCACCUACACCUGUGUACAAGUACAAGUCCCCACCACCACCCGUUCACAAAUCGCCACCACCACCUACACCCGUCUACAAGUACAAGUCGCCACCACCACCUACGCCUGUCUACAAGUACAAGUCGCCACCUCCACCUCCGGUGAAGAAGUAUCCACCCCCACAUUACAUCUAUAGUUCACCACCUCCUCCUCACUAUUAAGUGUGACGGCCGCCACGUUAAAAGGAUUAAAACAACUACAACGUGCUUUCAUAAGAUUAUUAUUUAGACCUUCCAAGUCCAAGAAUAAGCAUGCAGAAAAGAAGGGUCCAAAGUUGUACGGAAAAUGGUUGUAGUUCGAUCUUUUGUAUCCAAUAAAUUUCAAUUUUCUCGGUUCCUGUUUGGGUUUCACAAUUACGAAAAUAAUCAAUUUCUGUAUCUGUUUAAAAAGUUGUAUUAUAAUAAAACAUAAGUUGUUUGAAUUA